GAAAAGAAAACAGAAAAUAGAGAGCCGACAUCGGAAGCAAACACAAAUAGGUGAAAAUGAAGGUAGGCGAGAAAGUGGUGCUCAUGUUAGAUGACGGCGACGGCUUCGCGGCAGCCAUCUCCGGCGGUCUCCACCCAAAUCCGAAUUCCAAAUUCAAUGUUGAAAAGGGCUGGUUCGAGUUGUCACUAGAGCAAUAUGGGCUUGUGAAUCGAAAUGCCAUUGGAGAGAUGAUCCAUUUUGUUGGUCCUGAUGGCGGUUAUGAGGUAUCCAUUGUGAUCUUGCAUAAAAAUGAGCCUCCAAUCUUAGCCUGUGCUCUGAAUGAACUCCUGUCAGAAUUAUCCAGAAAUGCUUUGUCUAAGAUGCCAUCAUUGAUAAUUCCAUUCAUCCUUCCCGAAUACAAGUUAAAACAAGAAAAUAAAAUAGAAAGUGAAAUGGUAUCUGUAUAUGGCAUCAAAUUUGGUCCAACAACUGAUUUAACUGAGGCAUUGAGCUCUAGGUUGCAGAAAGCCCCACCAUAUAUGCAGAUAUAUCAUGAGGGUUUAGCAGAGUUACUUCAUUUGGCAAACAUUGUGAAGCUUCCCACGGUUGUGCUGGUUGGCGUAAUUAAUCAACAUCGAUCUAACAAAACCGCCAGAGAGGAAAUUGAGGUGACGUGUGAGAUAGGGGAUCUCUUGGCGAGCACUUUAUCUGUUAGUUUUUCCAAAGAAAAGACGUCCCAAAGUGUCACCAAGAGUUCAAGUGACAACAAAGAGGCGUGGCGUGCGCUGUAUGGAUGAUCUGGCCUAUCCUGUUGAACUUCUAGGGUUCUCCAUGUUUUACUACAAUAAGGUAAACACUACUUUUACUUUUAUUUAUGGGCACUUGCAUUACUACAUUCAUUCUAGAGAAUGAAACCUCAACUCACUUACAUGCUUUACAUUUUUUAGUCUUUUUGGAAGACGAAUAUUAGCAUCGCUUCUAAUUUUGUGCUUCGUUAUGACUACAAAUUUGGAUGUCAAAGGAAAUUGCUUACGGAUUUUUUGCUAA